GCAAUGAAGCAAGAACUCCACCUACCAUAUUUCCUUUCUUUUUAGCCUCUUUUUUUCUCUUCAUAAUCACUCACUCCACCCCAUUUUCCUCUUUCUCUCCUCACACUAGGAGUGAUACAGAAGAAAAAAAACAGACAACAAGAACACACACACACCCAUUUAUAUAUAUACAUAUACAUACAUAUACAUACAUAGAAAUUUAUACACAGUUCUCAGUGAACAGUGAUGGAAAUGGAGGUGUAGAGGGGUUCUUGUCUUGUUUUCUUUGAGGGUUUUUGGGCCCUUUUCGUCUGUCUUGAGAGUUGUGCCGCAGGAAAACAAGAAAGAAAUUCUGCCUAAAGAUUUGUUUUUUUUGGGCGGGAAGUGUUGCUGUGUGUGGAGUGUUUUAUGCAGAGGAAAAGUUGAAUUCUUGUGGAGGGAGACUGAUUUUUAAGGAUUUUUUAAGGUUUCUCCAUAUUGGGUUCUCAAAUCUUUGCUUAGGAAACACACAAAAGCUUCAAGGGAAAAAAGAAAAAAAAUGGGGCCAAAUUUCAUGGAUGAGAUUGACUGUGGAAACUUUUUUGAUCAAAUUGAUGACUUGAUUGAGUUUCCCCCGGAGAAUGAGUCUGGUGGCGGCGGCGGCAAUUUAGUUAGCUCUGUCGACUCCAAGGCUUUUUCUAGCAUGUGGAAUGAUGCAUUGCCGGAAUCCGACCCAUUUUUCUCUGGCAGCCAUGGCAACUCCUCGUCUGACCUAUCAGCCGAGCUUUCUGUUCCGUACGAGGAUAUAGUGCAACUCGAAUGGCUUUCGACUUUUAUGGAGGAUUCGUUUUCGGGGCAGGGGAUGACUGUUGGAAAAGAGAACUUGUGCCCGGAGAUGGAGCCGUCAGACAACCAAUUCCAAACGUCCAGCCCCAUUUCCGUUCUAGAGAGCAGCAGCAGCAGCAGCACUAGUUCGUCCUCGGAGGCAAAGGCGAUGCCGCUCAGCCCCAGUCACCGCGGGCCACAACGUGCACGAAGCAAGCGCCCCCGUCCGGCAACUUUUAAUCCGAGAGCUGCCAUUCAACUAAUCUCCCCUACAUCGUCCUUCAUAGAGACCCCACAGCCAUUCGUCGCUCCUGGAUUAUCUUCAGAGUCCGAGAACUUUGCCGAAUCGACAACGAUGAAGAAAUCCCCAAAACCGGCUGGACUUGAGCCAAAGAAGAAAAAGAAAAUUAAGAUAGCUUCGCCCGUUGAUGCGGAGGACGCUCAUCAGAACCCUCCAGCACAAGCUGUACGCAAAUGCAUGCAUUGCGAGAUAACAAAGACGCCUCAAUGGAGGGCCGGCCCAAUGGGGCCAAAAACACUAUGCAAUGCUUGUGGCGUCCGCUACAAGUCCGGCCGCUUGUUCCCGGAGUACCGUCCGGCUGCAAGCCCGACAUUCGUUCCCUCUUUGCACUCAAACUCCCACAAGAAAGUUCUCGAGAUGAGAGGCAAGGUCGGGCCGGGGACUGCAACCACUACUCCAACGACCACGAAGCCCGAGGUCAUUCCGAACAUGUGAUGUCGCAAACGAAGAGGAUCAAUAAUGGGUUUUCAGUGCGUUUCACCAUAGCGUGUCGUCUGUAUUUUCUUGCAGGUUCUUCGAUUUCUUGGUUCGUUGGUUCUUUGUACAGUACUGUAAUGGGAGGGGAUAGGAGCUAUAGACGAUGGAUAAUUUAGCAAAAUAGAGAGACGGAAUGAGAAGAGAGAGAGAGGGAGAGAGAGAGAGAGUGUAGGAAGGGUUAGAGGUGCAAGGUUAGGAGUAGGAGGUGGAGCUGAGGUUUGAAUCUUGAUGUUAGGGUCCUUAAAGAUUUAUUAUAUAGGUUUCGAGUGGUUUAAGGUGUCUUGUUCUUAGUACUUCUUCUUGUCAUCCCAUAUUCUUUUUGCAGUUCCAUUUCUUGUAGGGAUUUUCAAA